UCUAUAAAAAAGUUUUUCUUUCAGCAUGGCCAGAAAAAAGGCGAAAGCAAGGGGGCCUUACCAAAAAAAUGAUCCAUCAAUCAUGGAACAGGCUGUAAAUGCUGUUCAGUCUGGGACUCUGUCUCUCAGGAAAGCAGCAGAGAAGUUUCAAGUUCAAAAAUCAACAUUGUAUGAUAGAGUUACAAAACGAGUGUCCAUUGACGCGAAGCCUGGGAGAAAGCCGGUGCUUUCAAAUGAAAUCGAGAAAAGAAUUAUCAAAAAUGUUACUGAAAGUGCCGAAAAGGGCUUUGGUAUUUCAAGGAAGCAACUUCUCCAUAGAGCGGGAGUUUUGUGUAAAAGAAAUAAAAUAACUGGGUUCAAAAAUUUCACCCCUACAAAACACUGGUGGGAAGGGCUAAAAAAGCGACACCCCGAAGUUGCAUUAAGAAAGCCAGAAAAGCUUGGCACAGUGCGGGCAAGGAUGUUAAACAGUUGUGUCGUCGAGAAGUAUUUUGCAGACCUGUCUAAAAUUGUGCAAAAUCUAAAUUUGCAAGGUUCACCAGAAAAAAUCUGGAACUGUGACGAAACAGGAAAACAACUGGAACAUACCCCUGUUAAUGUCAUUGCCAAACGCGGCAGCAAAUCUGUUGUUGGCCGCACUGGCAAUGACCGAUCAAACAUCACCAUUAUGGCAUGCGUAAAUGCCCGGGGGGAUUCAAUGCCUCCUAUGUUGAUCGUUAAAGGAAAGACUAGAAAAUCAUUAUUUGGCUUUAACACUGCUGAGUCUCCAAAAGAUUCAAUUUGGACAUACAACGAAAAAGCCUGGAUGAAUGAGGAGUUGGGGGAACAGUGGUUUCGGGAUGUUUUUUUGCCUCACUGUGGCCCCGAAAGACCCCAACUUCUUAUUCUGGAUGGCCACGGGUCAUAUGAAACGCUAGGUUUGCUAGAACUAGCAGCGGAGGAAAAUAUCCACAUUUUGGCCCUACUUCCACAUACCACUCAUUUUUGCAGCCCCUUGACAGAACUGUAUUUGGGCCAUAUAAUAAAGCCUUCAAUAGGGUUUGCUCCGAGUUCUUGUCUGAAAAUCCAUACAAUUUGA